AUGGAAAUAAUGGAAGUGAUGGAAGUCCCAGAAGAGGUUUGCAAUUACAGUCCUUACUCACCUGAAGUCUUAGAAGCGGCUCGCUACAUGUCUUUCGUGUUGAUUACACUUUCCUGCAUCCUAGGAUUAGUGGGCAAUGCUGUGGUCAUCGCUGUUACCGGAUUCAUCAGGAAGAGAAGAAAUAGUCAAAUCUGGUUUCUAAAUUUGGCUGUGGCUGAUUUUUGCUUUUCCCUCCUUCUUGGGAUUUAUGCUCAUUAUAUUUUCACAGAGAACUGGAAAUUUGGAUCAUAUUUAUGUAAAAUCUCUAAUUAUGCUUCCAUGUGUAAUAUGUAUGCAAGUGUUUUCAUCAUCACAGCUCUGACUAUUGACCGUGUCUUAUUAGUGGCCAAACCAAUAUGGCACCAUAAGAAUUUCUCUGUAAGGUUUUGUUGCUGGAUCUGCUCGGCUAUUUGGAUACUAACAGCUCUGGUCAGUCUUCCAGUGUUACUAUUAAGUGAUGAGAUUCAGUACGGUGACAAAAUGCAUUGCAGAAUAGUCAUUGCUAAACCUUCCUAUGCUACUCACAAUAUUCAUAAAAGAGAUUUAAAUUACAACCUGGAAUACAUGGAAGGUUCUGGUUCAGUAGCUAUAGAUAAUGUCAGUGUUUUUGGAAUACUCUCAUCCAGUCCUCGUAUGACGGCGGUUUUUCAGACUUCCAGUUUCUCGGGAUUAACGAUUUUGCAGUCUGAAUUAAUUGAAAGGCUUGUACCCAGGGCAAUUAAUCUUCCUCUCAAUACACACUUAAGUGCCUCCCAUAAUGUCCUUGGGGCUAUGUCUGUCAAUGUUACAAUAACAACAUCUUGUACUGUUAACCUCAGGGAGCUCAGGGAUACGGCAUUUUCAACAGGCUGCAUUGUUAUCCCAUGUUUAAUUCUUGGUUACUUUAUCCCAUUGAUGGUGAUUCUGGUUUCCAAUCUAAUCAUUGCUCAGCAAGGGGGGAAAUCUCAGUCUGUGAAGAGCUCUAGACUAUAUAGAAUUAUAAUUAUGAUAGUCCUCUUCUUUUUCUUAACAUGGACCCCACUGAUCACAGCUCAGAUUAUUUUGCUAGCUGCUCUUUAUAUUGAGAAUGUCAUACUGAUGUAUAAAAUGUACUGGGUGAUGCCACUUGUGUCCAGCAUAGCCUUUAGUAACAGCUGCAUAAACCCCAUCAUAUAUGUACUGGUUGGCACACAGGCUAGGAAAGCUCUUUAUGAUUUUAUGAGAACAAGACUGUCUUUUUUUAGGUAGCACCCAAAUCUCUGGGUGAUACGUUGCCUUUGUGUCUAUUUAUUAGCUAUUCUUCUGCAGACAUAUACUAUUCUCUAAAAAAUCAUUCCUUUUGUUUUGUCCUCCUCUUGUAGUCCUGUUCUUAUGCAAUGGUGUCAGUUAACAAAAACAGUGCCUAUGGGGCAUAUAAUUCCCUUAUGCAGUAUAUUAAGGAAACUGUUAUACUUGACCUUCAUCUAAAGGGGAUACUAGGGGCUAGCAAAAUUUACAUGAUUUUUCGCACUAGGAUAUUGAAAUUGUGAAUUUGUUAGGAUCUCCUACUAUACUAUGAAUAAUGCCUCUGGUUAU